CCGCCCUCAUUCCUCUGGGGUGACGUCGUGCUGGCUGAGUUUUUAUGAAUGAAAGGCAUCCUGAUGGUGAGUAAUUCCAGGAAAGCGAGCUGACAUUGUUACCAAACAACAGCGCUGCUCGCAGCUGAAGCUUCAGGGGGGGAGAAAAAAAAAAAAGAAGCCGAUAUCCAGGACCGGCGAGAUAGCGACACAACACUGAGGCAGGUGUUACAACUGCAGACCAAGCCCAGAAGAUGAACAGUGAUAGCAGAUCCAGCAAGGCAUUGAAGGUGAAGCGCGAGUCGGGUGAGAAUGUCCCCGUGCUCUCGGAUGACGAGCUUAUGUCUCUGACGGUGCGGGAGCUCAACCACCACCUGCGGGGGCUCUCCAAGGAGGAGGUGGUGCGGCUAAAGCAGCGGCGGCGCACCCUGAAAAACCGCGGCUAUGCGGCCAGCUGCCGGGUGAAGCGCAUGUCCCAGAAGGAGGCGCUGGAGCAUCAGAAGCAGGAGCUGCAGCAAGAGGUACGGAGGCUGAGCUCGGAGAACGCCGGCAUGAGGCAGGAGCUGGAGGGGCUGAGCCAGCGCUUCGAGGCCCUGCAGCACUUCGCACGCACCGUGGCCCACGGGCCCGUCACCCCACACAAAGUCAACACCACCAGCGUCAUCACCAUCGUCAAGUCAGGGGGGCAGCACCACUCCUAGGCAGGGCACAGAGGGAUCAUUCAGUUCUGUGUCGAUAUGUGCUGAGCAACUUGGCAGGAGUGGCAGCAAACUGUGGGCUGCUGCAUUACAGGGCUACCAGAUUCACAGCACUCGGACAACCUGAAGAGUGAAAUCCGGUGUACCCACUCUACAUCUUCCAAUUGAUUUCUUACCCCUUCUAUCAUAUUGUUUUAAGGCUGUGUUUUGUUCACGGUUAUCACAGAUUUCACGGUUUCUGUGAAAUGUGUUGUUAAUGUAGGGAAAUUAUUGAUUUUGACUAUGACAACGCUUUUGUUUUCUGCUUUUAAUAAAUAUUAUGUUUAAUCUUGAAAUAUCUAUUUUUAAGACCAUGAUGUGCCGUGAAAAAAAUACAGCCAGCCUAUUGUGUGUUUCUGUUAUUCACUGUAUGCUUGCUCAUGUUUUACCUGACUUGCUGACUGAUCUCCUUUUUCAACCCUGCUUCAACUCCUCAGCUCUGAGAAAUGACCAGCUGGAAUUCCUGUCCCUGAGAAACUUGUGUUUUUUGUAGAGAUGUUUUGAAUUGCUGCAGGUGCAGAAAAGCAGAAAUAACGGUGCACGCCCCCUAGUGGCCAUUUCUUUUUGAAGUGGUUGAAAACGUACGUCUUUUUUGGAAUAGUUAGGAAGCUGGUAAAUUUAAGAUCUAAGCAGAGACAACAAUUAGAGGCUUUAGAACAUAGGUAUUUAAACCGGAAUACAUUAAAUAUCCCAUAAACACACAUGCCAUGCAGUUUCACAUGUUUUUUGGACAGCAUUCUUCUACAGUUAGUCCGUUUAUAAAGGUCCAAUGCUGGCAUCCCUGUGACUGCUGCUUUGUGCAAUAAUAUUUUAAUUUGUACACCACUUUCAGACAAGUGGUAGGCACAUUAAGCCAUGGUGCUUAUACCUGUUCCCUGCACUCACUAAUUAUUUGUUAGUCACAAUAUAUAAUGGCCCCUCAUUUAGUGCCGCUGUCAGCCAAGUUCCAAUGCAGUGUCUGUGUCAGCAGUAGACACGCUUCUGCCUGCCCUGUAUAUCGGUACAUGUCAAAACCUGCUAACUUUUCAUAAGAGGCUUCUAAAAUGAGUUUGGAAAGUAGGUAGCAGGUAUUAAUCCUGUGACUAUUAAACUGUCCCAGCACUUAAGCAACAUGAAUUUCAAACGCAAGCCCUACAGAGAAGACAGGGUUUGACAUGCUGAUCUCUGUGUCCGUAUGAAUACUGCGUGAUGUAGUUCUGUUGGGUUAUAGAGGGUUUGUGCAGCUCUGUUAGGCACUCACCAGCAAUGCCACCGUUAAACUCAUACCAUGUUAUAAAUGUAUAUGUUACGUUGCUGAAUUCUCCUGGGUUUGUAUUUGGUAUGUGGUGUUGUUGGAAUUCCAACUCCCAUUCCCUUUUAAUCCAUUCAAAUUCCAAUUCCUUCAAAAGCAUUUUUUGAAGGACUUGAAUUGGGUAGCUGAUUUUGAAAAAGGAGUUACAGAAAUUAAAUGGACCCCAUCCUGGUUAAAGCAGGGCUUUUAAACACGGCUCUCGUGCUUUGUAAGUUGCAGCAUCACUGGUAUAGAUUGUACUGUCGUGUGUGUUGUUUUUGGAGAUGUGCCCGAGAUUAAGGGAGAGGAGUGAAUGUCUUUGUCAAACCCAGGUAGUGAUGAAGCUGUGCCUGUCUUGGAUGAAAUGUGUGGCUGGUGAUAUUGCUCAUCUUACCAGCCUUAAGAGGUACACAAUGGAGUACAUUAUUAUUAUUAUUAUUAUUAUUAUUAUUAUUAUUAUUAUUAUUUAGUGUUGGGUCAAACAUUGUUCAGGUGUUUCAUUUUAAAUUAGCUGACAGACAGACAGACAAAGCUUCAGUAGCGUUUGACGCGGAAAUUGGCAGCGAUUUGUUUACAUGAUCGACAAGCUUGUGUAACUUUGCUGUGGAAUGAGAGAUGGCGUGAUACCCAUGGCUAGCAGUGUAACACUUGCCUGGUAACUUGUACUGUUCUAAUUGUUGUUCUUUAGGCUAAAUAAUAAUAUUGGUUGAAGAGAUUUAUGCAGGAGAGAUCUGCAAAGAUGCCAUGGGCAUCUUGUUUCCAGGGGGGUGCUUGUUUGAGAUGUUGUUAUUUUGGGGGGGAGGGGGUUGAUAUAUUUAGUUGUAUAGAAACAACUACUUUGCACAGACUGGUGCUUCCCAGACCUACGCGUGUGACUCCAGGUCGUGCUCGUGCUGAUCCGCGUGCUCGUCUGUUUUGUUUAAAGUAUACAUUGCUUCAGUUGCCAUUUUGACGUUUUUAUAACAAAGCCAUUUUUUUCAUGUAUAGAUAUUGCCCUGAGUGCUCCUAAUAGAGUUUUAAUUAUCUUUCUCGAAAUGCUGGGCAGCAAUAACUUCAUUUGGGCUUUUAUAAGGGACUAGAAAGUGACCAGCCUUGCUUUACAGCACCGCCAUUGAAAACCGCUCCCUAGCUCAUGGAUGACGGCUGCUGACUGCAGUGCUGCUCAGCGUUGAGCUCGCCAGUGCAGUCAAUCGCCCUUCAACAAAGCACUCGGAUCACCCGCUCACCUGACGCUUCAGCGCUGGUUUGGUUGAGGUUCAGUUGAGGUAUACAGCCAGUCCAGGUUAGUUUGGGGACAGGAGGAGGGAAACAGGUAAAAGGAAGGACUACAAGAAAGUUUUUUUAUAAAGCGCAAGAUGAAGAGUGAGAGAAAUGUGUGGACAGAGAAUAGGAGGGUAGCAAAGGGAGUGAGAUGGAGCAGGGAGAGAAGAAAAAUGAGACGCCCAAUAACUGUGUAACUCAGUCAUAAUAUUAAUCAGUACGAAACAGAAUCUUGAUUAGAGUAAAACAAGCAUUUUGACAACAUGUUAAAAUAUGAAUUGAAACUUUACAACUAAUGCCAAGUUUCUAUUUGUCCCUUAGUGAGUCU